CUGCAAUUGCUGCCGGAGCUUAAUAUCUUUCAGGAUGUCGACUUCUGAGCUAGCGUGCGUUUACGCUUCCCUGAUCCUGCACGAUGACGGCCUGGACAUCACGGGUGACAACAUCACCACCCUUAUCAAGGCUGCUGGUGUGACUGUGGAGCCUUACUGGCCCGGACUCUUCGCCAAGCUGUUCGAGAAGAGGAGCAUCGGCGACCUGAUCACCAACGUUGGUGCUGGUGGUGGUGGUGCAGUGGCUGCCGGCGGCGGCGGCGGCGGUGCUGCAGCCGGCGGUGGCGGUGCAGCUGCCGAGGAGAAGAAGGAAGAGAAGAAGGACGAGGAGGAGGAGGAGGAGGAUGACGACAUGGGCUUCUCGCUGUUUGACUGAGUGCCAUGAUCUGUUUCCGUGACCGCAUGCGUCUGCGCAGCAUGUUGUGCUGAUGUACAUCGCAUCCUUGUAAUAAUGUUUGUGUUG